CAGACGACAUUCAGUUUAAUGUCUGAGGAUUUUAUUCUGAAAAACAAUGAUCAUCAGUUUAUCAGAGACGCUGAUUAAUUUUCUGUUGUGAGGCUAAUCAAUCAAUAAACAAAUUUUUACAAGUCUAUUUUUAUCCUGACUGCUACUUUAAACAUUAGUUUUAUUUUUAUUUUUCUAUUAUGUUUAAUUACCCUGAGAACUAAAGUGAUAACAGUUAAUUUCCUGUUUUAAUAUUUAUAGAAUUCUUCAUGUCUGUUCCUGACCACUGUAAAACAAUGUAGAAUCAGUUCUGCUCUGUGAUUGGCUGUCAGUGAAAUGCAUCCUGGGACUCGUAGUUUUAAACACUCGUGUGUUAAAUUAGAUAAAUUAGAUGUUAUUUUAUUAAAUUAAAAAAGCUCCUGAAGAUGACAAGCGUCAUACGGAGGGGUCAAGAGGUCAAAGAUCAGGGGUCAGGGGUCAGAGGUCGGGGGAAUGAGAUCAAUAUUUCUGUUCAUUGAUCGGAUAAAUAAAUGACUCAGCUCUGACUGUGACAGCUUCCUGCUGCUCUGAUCAAAACUUCAGGUCUCUGUUUUCCCUCCUCAGGUCUGCAGGACUCUGAGGGUCUGACCAUGAACUGUCUCCCUGGUCUCUGACUCCUGAUCAGGUCUCUGUGAGUCCAGGUCACAUGAUGAGCUCCUCCUUCUCUCCGCCAAUCAUUGACCAGCGUUCUUCUUACCUGAGCUUCGGUCUGUCGCCCUCUGCUGGAUUCUCUGAGGACCACGGUCUCUCUCAGUCCUCGGACUCCCUAUCCAGCUCUGUCCCCUUCUUGAUCUACCCCUCUGCCAUGGACCCCGCCGGCCUCGGCUUCUACAAAGCCCCUCUGAGGGGCCCCGGCCCCGGGCUCCUGCCCUACCUGACCCCCUUUCACCACCACGGACACUUCAGUGUGUACGAGUGUCCGUUCGAGCCGGCCUUCAUCCAGAAACGGAACGAGCGCGAGCGUCAGAGGGUGAAGUGCGUGAACCAGGGCUACGCCAAACUCAGAGACCACCUGCCGGGUCAGAGUGCCGACAAACGGCUCAGCAAGGUGGAAACGCUGCGAGCUGCCAUCAGGUACAUCAAGUACCUGCAGGGACUGGUGGAGCCGGAGGACGGGAGGCACAGCAGGGGGGCGUCCCCCAACACCUCGUCUCCUGGGCCGGACGGUGGAGGAGAGUCCUGAGGGGCUCACCUGUUAGACAACCACAGGGGGCACUCAGGAGGUCUGACCUGAGCUGAGGAAGAACCUGAGUCCACAUCGGUCCAGAACCACAGACACUGACUGACCAACUGCGUGCUCUUCAUCUAUCAGCUUUCCUCUCUGUUAUUGAUUAGACUGAUCGGUCUGAUUUAUAGGAAUCAGUUAAACACUCGUACAGAACGACCUGAUCAAUCCCCAGACACUGAUUAAAACCUCUGGAUCAGAGUCAGUGAGGAUCCAGAAACCUGACACAGCAGAAGUUCAGUUUCUGUUAAAGAAUAAAACGACUUAAUGUUCAGUUUAAUCACUGAUUCUCUGAUCAAUCGAUAGUUUUUCCUCCUGUUGCUAAAGAACUGAACCUGAGGUGGAUCCAGAUCAAACCACAGUGAAGACAGGACUGAGGACAAAAACUGAAGAAAAACUCACAGAACAGUUGAUCACCUGGAGUAAACUCUGCUGCAGUGACUCUCUCUGCCUGAAGGUGGUGCUGUUUGUUAAACCUGCUGUUUCUCUCUUUAACUGCAGAAGGCAAAUGACACAUGCUGCUGCUGCUGCUGCAGUAACCUUCUCCUCCUGCAGGUGGUGCUGUUCAGCUGCAGGUCUGACAGAGAA